CCAAAAUUAAUUGGUAAUUUGGUCACUUUAAGAGAGUUAAAAAGAGAAGAUAGAGAGGCAUUGGUUGAAGCAGCUAAAGAUGGUGAAUUAUAUAAUUUAAAAUUCACUAUUGUUCCAUCAGAAAAUACAAUUGAUAAAUAUUUAGAUAUUGCACUAGCACCAAACAAUGCAAUGAUGCCAUUUGUAAUCAUUGAUAAUAAAAGUGGUAAAAUUAUUGGAUCUACUCGUUAUUGGAAAGUUGAUAGCAACCAUAGAAAAUUAGAAAUAGGCCACACAUGGUUAAGCAAAUCGAUGCAAAGAUCAGGAGUUAACACAGAAUGUAAAUAUUUACUUUUAAAAUAUGCAUUUGAAGAUUUAAAUUCUGUCAGAGUUCAAUUUACAACUGAUGAAUUGAAUGAAAAAUCAAGGGAUGCCAUUCUCAGAAUCGGAGCAAAAUUAGAAGGUACAGUGAGACAUGAAAGAAUAAUGCCCGAUGGUAGAAAAAGAAAUUCAUUAAGAUUCAGUAUCAUCGAUCCUGAAUGGGAAGCUAUAAAACUAAAUUUAGAAGAAAAGAUGACCAAA